ACGGUGUCCAAGAAGUCGUUCAGGACGGACGCAGACAAUAAGCAGCAGCGCCGAUACUGUCCGGCACAACUUAUUAAUGCUGUCCCCUCUGUUUGCGCACAAAGAGGAAAGCUGAAAUUAUACCAUGGACGAUUUGGGAGUGCCUGAGCCACCUAACUACCCUCUCAGUCCUCGUAUUGUUGUGUUUGAUGCUCUCCUUGCCGAUUUGGAGAACACUGGCUCUCCUCUAGCUCGGUGUCCUGUCCUUCUCACCUCUGACCCCCCACAGAAUGCUGAUUCUCCCGCCCCGGACCCCUCCCAGGCCCGGCCGCCGCCACCCGCUUACACUCCACAGCAGACUGUUUCUUCAGCAAUGAAGACCUCUCAGAACUCCAACCCAGACAAAUUAUACAGCACAGUGUGCAAACCGCGCUCUCCCCGCACAGCAGAUCCUCCUCCGGCCUUCUCCUCUUCCUCGCUGCUGGGAGGAGGUCUGAGUGAACUGGACCAUCUGUUACAGGAGCUGAAUGCUACCCAGUUCAACAUCACAGAUGAGAUCCUGGCCCAGUUCCCCUCUUCUAAGAAAGAUGAGAGAGACAAGAUCAAGGAUAAGGCCACAACAUCCUCCUCCAACUCUGCGAAGCCUUCAGCGACAUCAGCCACACUGGAAUUAGACAAACUGAUGGCCUCUCUGUCUGACUUCAGAGUCCAGAGCACACCAGCUGCACCUGUCAAUCCAGUGGUAACAGCACCACAGCAGCAACAGCAGCAGCAGCCACAGCAGCCACAGCAGCAGCCGCAGCCGCAGCCCAUCCCCCCCCCACAACCCUCAUCCGGCGGCUCAUUGGACAGCAUGCUGGGGCUCCUCCAAUCAGACCUGACCAGACAAGGGGUUCAGACAUCCUCUAAGGGAAACUGUUCAGCCUGUCAGAAGCCAGUUGUAGGACAGGUGGUGACGGCUCUGGGGAAGGUGUGGCACCCAGAACACUUUGUGUGCACUGAGUGUGAGGCAGAGUUGGGCAGUCGCAACUUCUUUGAGAAGGAUGGACGGCCAUACUGCGAGUCAGACUACUUCACCCUUUUCUCCCCUCACUGUGCACACUGCAACAAGCCCAUAUUAAACAAAAUGGUCACUGCUCUGGAUAAGAACUGGCACCCAGAAUGUUUCUGCUGCGUUAAGUGCAGCCGGGCAUUUGGAGAGGAAGGUUUCCACGACCGUGAGGGCCAACAAUACUGCCAGCAGUGCUUCUUGACUCUGUUCGCCUCCCGCUGUCAAGGCUGCAGCCAGCCCAUUCUGGAAAACUACAUCUCAGCUCUCAACUCUCUCUGGCACCCGCAGUGCUUCGUAUGUAGGGAGUGCUACAGUCCUUUCGUCAACGGCAGCUUCUUCGAACACGAGGGUCAGCCGCUGUGUGAGGCCCACUACCACCAGUCCCGCGGCAGCGUGUGUCAGGCCUGCCAACAACCGAUCCUGGGCCGCUGCGUCACUGCCAUGGGGGCCAAAUUCCACCCACACCACCUUGUGUGUCACUUCUGUCUGAAGCCUCUGAGCAAAGGCUGCUUCAAGGAGCAAGAGAACAAGCCGUACUGCCACCCCUGCUUCAUCAAACUGUUCGGUUGAGGACACAGCAGGACUUUACCGCGCCCUUUCCCAUCCUCCUUUGGGUCACCAAAUGAAGAAGCUGUAUGACUCUGAGUUCUCAAUUUGUGAUUUUUUUAUGCUGGGAAUGAGGGUGGAGCUGGUCUCUUUCAUUAAGAAUUUUAGAGGGAGGGGAACAAUUAGAGAAUCAUCCAACCCUAUUAAUUUCUCUUUAUUUUACAAAAAAAUGGACUGCACUUAGACCGGCAGUGUGAAAUAUGACUCUAGUAUUAGUUAGACUCAAAAAUGAUGCCAAAUGAUUUUGUCAUGUAUGUAAGUCUUUUACAUGCUGUGUUGAUUCAAAUUGAAUAUUGAAAAUUGAAUUCUUUUGCCAAAGGUAGAAAAGAAACAGUAUACUGAGAGCAUUUAUUGUUUCAGUGAAGGAAGGAAAUCCCCUUUAAUAUAUUUGCUUCAUUUUGCAAAAUGUAUAAGUGUCACUGCAAUUGCCUUUAUAUAUUGUAUGCUGCCUGCUAUAUAUGAUUUGUGUAACAAACUGGUAUCAUAUGUUUAAUAUCAGACAUUUUGUAUUAUUCUUUCACUAUUGCUCUAUGCAAUAUGCCAAAAACUGU